ACAAUGCACCAGCGCCUCCUCCUCCGCGGGAAAGCAAAAUGGCGAAGGGCUGCGGUGGAGGCGAAGGACUGCCCGUGAGGCUUCCUUGAGCUUCGUCCUCGUCCAGUCCACCCCCCUCCCCGGGUCCAACGACCCUGUAGAGCCCCCACCCCACCCCACCCCACCCCCUGUGAGGUGGUUGGUUCGCGAGGAGCCCGGGCGGCGGGAGGCUUCUCUCGGGAGGAGCGCAUUGAGCUCACUUGAUUUCCCUGUAUGAAGCUGGUGGCCCCACCGGAGAGACCGAAUGAGAGACUCUACGGGGGUGGGUAAUUCAGUGGUCCACAAGCGGUCUCCUUUACGUCGAAACCAAAAACCACCAACAUCCUUGACCAAACUGUCCUCGCGGGAUGGACAGAAAACCAAAAAGCCAGUGUGCAAAUUUGAAGAAGGUCAAGAUGUCCUAGCUAGAUGGUCAGAUGGCUUGUUUUAUCUUGGAACUAUCAAAAAGAUAAACAAACUUAAGCAGAGCUGCUUCAUUAUAUUUGAAGACAGUUCCAAAUCCUGGGUUCUCUGGAAGGACAUACAAACAGGAGCUACGGAAAGUGGGGAAAUGGUCUGUACAAUAUGUCAGGAAGAAUAUUCAGAAGCACCCAAUGAAAUGGUUAUUUGUGAUAAGUGUGGUCAAGGUUAUCACCAGCUGUGUCACACGCCAAAUAUAGAUUCCAGCGUGAUAAAUUCAGAUGAUAAAUGGCUUUGCCGGCAGUGUGUCUUUGCAACAACAACAAAGAGAGGUGGCGCACUUAAGAAAGGACCAAAUGCCAAAGCACUGCAAGUCAUGAAGCAGACAUUGCCUUACAAUGUAUCCGACCUUGAAUGGGAUGCAGGCCAUAAAACAAAUGCCCAACAGUGUUAUUGCUACUGUGGAGGUCCUGGAGACUGGUAUUUAAAGAUGCUACAGUGCUGCAAAUGUAAACAGUGGUUUCAUGAGGCUUGUGUGCAGUGCCUCCAAAAGCCAAUGCUGUUUGGUGACAGGUUUUAUACAUUCAUUUGUUCAGUUUGUAGUUCUGGACCAGAAUACCUCAAACGUUUACCCUUGCAAUGGGUAGAUAUAGCACACCUAUGCCUUUACAACCUAAGUGUUAUUCACAAAAAGAAAUACUUUGAUUCGGAGCUUGAACUCAUGACAUACAUUAAUGAAAACUGGGAUCGACUCCACCCUGGUGAGCUGGCAGACACACCAAAAUCUGAAAGAUAUGAGCAUGUUCUGGAGGCAUUAAAUGAUUACAAGACUAUGUUUAUGUCUGGAAAGGAAAUAAAGAAGAAAAAGCAUUUGUUUGGUUUGAGAAUUCGUGUCCCCCCCUGCCCACCAAAUGCUGCUUUUAAGGCUGAGAAAGAGCCUGAGGGAACUUCACAUGAGUUCAAAAUUAAAGGCAGAAAGUCAUCUAAACCUGUGCCUGAUCAGAGGGAAGUUACUAAUGGUGUAGAACGAAAGGGGAAGAAAAAAUCUGUAGGCCGUCCACCGGGCCCAUAUACCAGAAAAAUGAUCCAGAAGAUGUCUGAGCCAUCUCUUUUAGAACCUGUUGUAGUGCAAGAAUCUCCUCCUUUGGAUUUACCUAGCACUACUGGAUCUGAUGGAACUGCACAUUCAUCCAAUACCUCAGAUGUGGAAUCCACAGGUGCUGCCAGUACAAAAGAAACUACCUCAAACAGUAUUUCCAAGCAUUACAGUUUGUCUGACUCCAGGAAAAGGACACGAACAGGAAGAACUUGGCCAGCUGCAAUCCCACACUUAAGGAGAAGAGGGCGCCUUCCACGUAAAGCACUCCAGAUUCAGAAUUCCGAAAUUGUGAAAGAUGACGAAGGCAAAGAUGAUUACCAGUAUGAUGAACUUAAUACAGAAAUACUUAAUAACUUGGCAGAUCAGGAGUUACAACUUAAUCAUCUUAAAAACUCCAUUACCAGUUACUUUGGUGCAGCAGGUAGGAUAGCUUGUGGUGAAAAAUACCGUGUUUUGGCACGUCGAGUGACACUCGAUGGAAAAGUGCAGUAUCUUGUGGAGUGGGAAGGAGCAACUGCCUCCUGACUUUAGUACUGAACAUGUUUGCUGCACUGUUUAUUUAUAGGCACUGUUUAUAUAAAUCAGGAGUGCAGAAGGAAACUUCUUUUAACAUUUCUAAAAAUAGAAACCAAGUUAGCCUUAACAUUUCUUUCUUAACAGUACAAAACAUUGUGCUGAAAAUUCUACCAUUUUUUAAAUGAGGCUGGAUUUUUUUAAGAUAAGGAUUUAGAUUGUUUAGGGCGGGAAUCUGGGAUUUCAGUUACUUUUAAAUGUGCACGACUUCAGAAGAGACUUGUCUAGAGAACAUUCCAUGUGGGUAGAGAAUAUUUUCUGUAGCUAGAACAAAUUUUUAGUAAGAUUUCUUAAUCUUUUCUUACGCAAAUGUUUGCAAAAGUGUAUUUCUACUUUGACAACCCUAGAUUUUCAUAAGGUGCAGUGUAUAUAAUUCCUACUGAGGACUAUAAAAUAUUGAAAUCUUUCAAGCAAAGUGUAAAAAAAUAUAUUGAGCUUGUAAAUUGCUCUGUGACUAGACUUCGUUGUCUUUUUAAUAUAUUCUUUGCAUGUGUGUAUAUACACAUACGUGUGCAUGUGUAUAUAUGUGUGUGAUUGUGACCUAUGCAAUAUAAAUUAUGGGAUUGGGCAGCUUUUGACUAUAUAUCCCAUAAUUCUUUUAUCAGGAAUAGUUGCAGUAUUUACACAGCAGCAUUUCUUCUCAGGCUUUAAUGGGUGCUGUUGUUUGCCACAUACUACAGACUAUGUGUAAAAUGAGUGCUGUGUGUUUUGGCAGUGAGUGCAGUCGUUAAUGUCAUAUGCCUUCAGAAAAUAAUUCAGGCUGCAAUCCUCCACAUAGAGGCCCAGUGAUGAAAAGAUUUGAUAUACCUUUCAGGUUCACAUGCUCCCUCCAUCUCUCCUGUGCAGAUUCCCCUUCCUUUCAGCAUUAAGAUAUGUUUCAGCACUACAUCUACAUAGUGCUAAAGAUCCAUGUAUAGUUGCAUCAAACCAGAGUUAGUUACAGUGAACAGUGGUUAGUGUUUAUCUUGAUGCAGAUGUAAUGUACACCACUAGAAAGAGAAGGGAUUAUCAGGAGGGAGUACUUUUGCUAUAUCUUAGCCAAGGUUAAGAAAUAUGGAAAUAAUUUCAUCUAUUGUGGAUCAGGUUGCUUUGAGGCUGCAAUCCUAUACUCACUUACCUGGGAGUAAGCCCUGUGGAGCUCCAUGGAACAUACUGCUGAGCAGACACGUUGAAGAUUGUGAUGUAAAUCUUCUUGAUCUAAGCAGCCUGGCUGCACAGUAUUGCAGCCUCAGUUGAUGUUGGAGAAAGUUAGCUGUCUGACACAAAUCUGAACUUGAAAAUUUGAACAUAAACUCUGGCUAGGAGAAAAAUUCUAAGGAUUUGUGACACAUUGAUUGUAAAUUUUGUCUCCCAGUUAAUUAAAGUCUGCAGGAAUCACAAGAUUCCUUUUGUAUGUAAUGUUUUGUAGUCAUGUUUGAUAAACAUAGUUGGAGCAAAGUGUUUAAUUGCACAGGGUCAACAAACAGUAUGUUGCCACUUGAAGUAACAAUACUGCUUUUAUUACAAUAUUACCUCUUCUGUUCUUAUAAAUAUGAAUCAAGUUUUAAAUGAGUAACUUUAUUUUACUUGUAAAAUAGCAAGUGUUUUUGUUGGGGCUAGAUGUAUUUUCUUUAUCGGUUUUGAGUUGUUUUUUGUUUUUUUGUUUUUGUUUUGCCAAAGAGUGUAAACAACUACUUUUUCUGAUGGUUUCUCAUUUUACUGCCUAAUGGUUUACUGUCAGACAUGAGCUUGCCAACAAAACAAAAAAUGUGUCUUUAAAUAAUUUCAUAGUGAGAAGCUAUAUGGCUAAGCGUAAUUGAAUUGUACUAAAACUGACUUAAAAACAAAAUGCUGUUAUGAUUGUUAAGGGAAAUAAUUGUCACCACCUCAUAUAGCCAAAGGAAACAGACAAAAUAUGGUGUUCUGUGCUUGUGGCUGGCCAGUAAACUUGCAACCUUUACAAAGGUGAUAAUUUAAGUAUACUUUUCUUUGCCUUCACUAGAAACAUGAAUCUCUUCCUUCUCACAGUCUUGGCUAUUAAGUUAAAGUUGCCUUGCCUAUAGCUGCAAUAUUUUGAUAAGACCCAGGUUACUUUUUGAAUGUUGGUCUCUUGGGACAAUGCAAAUUGUAGUUGUGAUGUUAACAACCAGAUUUUCAUUAAUUUUCUUUUUCACAAUCUUUGUAAUUCACAUCAAACACCAGCAGUAUUUGCAGUAGAGCUUCCAUACAAAGACAGCAGUUGGAAUUUAGUUGGAGAGAGAAAUUGACAAACUAUCAACAUAUUUUUAGCUGUUUUUGUUCUCAUUUUGUCACAGUGGUUGACAUGUUUGUAUUGAUGAAACUGUUCUCAUGUUUUAAAAAUCAACAUUAAAUGUGUGUAUUUUUAAGAAGUUGUCCCUAUUUUUGUUAUACAGGUGUGAACUCUAGUUAUAUCUUAAAGCCUCAUUUAAGUAUGUUUCCUUAAGUAAAUUCAAUGGGACUUUAUAAACAUGUUCUGGAUUUAAGCAAUGUGGAUUGUAGCCCAGUCCCAAGGUUUCCUACUCCAAUCUUCAGUGCAGCUUUCUUCCAAGUGAUUUAGGCAACAGCACAAUCCUAGGCAUGUUCAGACAAGUGCAGAUGCAGAAGACAGCAGCUUGGCAAUACAGUUUCCUUUAACUCAGUGGGAUUGAUUUUGGCAUAAUUAUGGGAAUGAGGCUAAUUAUCUGAAAAUUGCGCCUCCCUUUCUAGUGCCUGAAAGAGCGUUCUUGCGUGUUGACUACUAUAUAACCUUCUUAAGCUUUUAUCAACUGCAGGACAUAAAAUUUGGCAGUGUAGGUUACAAAUGUGAGAAAACUGAAAACCAUUAAAUAACAGCCCAUUCUAAGCAACUGAGUCAGAAAUGUGGAUGGUGAUUAUUGUUAUUUUUCAAUCUAAUCUUUAGAUUGAGUAGUCCACAAUGCAGUAUUGGUUUUAGCAAUAUGUAUGGCAUAGUUGAGAUCACAUUAAUUGGAUCCAUUUCUAUUAUUAGUUCAGAAUCUCUAGUGAGACUCUCUUAAAACAAACUUGUGAAUUAUAUUCUACUGUACAAAGUUUGAAUGCUUGUUUGCGUUUUCAUACAGUUGUAUUCUUACAGAUGUUAUCUUUGCAUAGUUUUGAUUCAUUAAUUAGGUAUUUUCAGUAGCUUCCAAAUUACUACUGUAAUUUUCAAUGGUCUGCAUAAGUUUGCAGUGCUAAAAAUAGUGACCCCGCAUUUAGCAAGCAGACAGAACUAAGUCACCCAGUAUCGGUUUUUAUGGAGGCAGCUGCUAUACUUUGUUGUUUUGAGGUCAUAGCAUUGGAGCAAGGGAAUUGCCUUUCCAUGAAAUAGAUGUAACCCAGAGUGCCCACUCCACCGGCAGAGGCCAUAUGAACAAAUUGAGGUGAGAGGGGAAAUGGCACAGGAAUUUUAUAUUGCCAGGGGUCACAAGAACAGCUUUGUUAAUAAUUCAGAGACAUUAGUUAGUACUAAUCUUGCCUGGCUGCUAUGGCUGUUCAACAUUUCUCCUAUUUCAGAUGGAACUCCUCAUACGAGAUACAGUCAUUACUCACAGUUUGUUUUGUCUACUAACAAAUUAAACUAUGCUGUUGAUAGCUUACUACACCAUGCUAGAAACCUACCGGUAGUUGCUGGACUGUAUAGUGCUUCAGAAUUAAGAGCAGAAUAUCCCAUUUAGUGCAGAUUUUUGAGGGUAGGAAAUAUCGUCAUGAGUCCCAACCUGAAAUUGGAGAUGGCACAGCCCACAAUCACCGUUUGAAAACUAAGCCAUACUUGUGUAAUACUUUAUUUUGUAGCAGCCUGUUUUGUAUUAUUUGCCCUAACUUCAAAGACUAAAUGGAAAAAUGAUUUAUCUAUAUAGCAUUUCUGCUUGCAGCUUACCUUCUUGCUUUACAUCAGUUAUUCCACUUGUAAAAAAAUGGGAAUGUAAAAAUCAUUAAUCAGAUUCUGUUGCCAAGUACUGCUAUGCUUCCUUACUCGUCAGUAGUUAAAAUAAGUCUUGUUGCUUCAGGAGUAUAAAAUGAUUGUGCGUUGUUGAAUUUUAGCUUGAUAAAACGUACUAAAUUUUGCAGUCUGAGUAAUUGGGAUGAAUUGAUAAUAUACACAGCAGGGAUAUGUAAUCUAUGGCCUGAGAGCCAAUAUUGUAUCCCCAAUUUGGCCUGCCAGGCAAUUUAUACUAAACCAUGCCCACCUGCUUACAGCAGUAAAUGGGGUGGCAAGACAUGGUUUAAUCCUGCAGGAACAGGAUUGUGCAUCCCAGGCAGCAGGAUUUAAAAGGAGGUGAGCAAUCUUGCUGUAAUCUUAUUUGGUGGGGGGAGAUUUGCCCUUGAGGCAGAUUCUGAUAAGGAUCUGUGCCGUGGAGCCAAAAAGGUUUCCCACUUCUAUACAUCUGCCCAAUGCAUACUAAUGAAUAGGGUGCUCACUUUAGUGUCUGCGGCAGUGGCAGGGAUAUCUCUCUCCUGUAGGCAAAAGAUGCAUUUGAAUGUUGCAUAUCUUACCACUAAGUUGUUAUGACCUGCCCUGGGACUUUAGGUGAAAUGGGUAAGAAAUCAAAUAAUAAACACUGAAUACACAUUAAGUUUAGAAUUCCUUUAUUAAAUCCAUUUCACAGCCAGAAAUUUAUCCAUUUACCAUGGUGUUCAUUUUUAAUGCUGUGUUCAUUCUUACCUGUGGAAUUGCACACUAUUCUGCAACAUUAUGAAAAUGUACAGCACAACCAUGAGUGCCAUGGUAAGCAACUUGUUAAGUCCCCAGCAGUGUGGAUGGUAUCCGACUAACUUAAGUCCAAUAGGUCUACUGAGGAUGACUGAGAAUGGGUACGAUGCAGUUGGCUAUCACCCUAUUUUAUAUACAUGUAAAGUUUUAUUGGAAACCAGAACUAUAAAGGACAGAGCAAUUGGUAUUAGCAUAAACUGAGAGGUAGAAUUCUGGCUUAGUCACAGCUUUUUGGUGAAGAUACUUUUUAACACUAGUGCUAAAAGAUCAUAUAUUUUGAAAGCUUAGCAUCCACAUUUGCAUGGCAUAUUUAAUACUAUGUUGCCUCAAAUUGGGAAUAAUUCUCAUAUAAUUGACUUUAAGACUUCGUUUCUGCUGUGUUUAGUAGAUAACUACAGCCCGCUAGAGAUCCCAUUGCUGCAGCCUCAAAAUGUAUAGCUAUAGGUCACUAGUACUAAGACUCAUUUAAAUCAGCCCAAUUAUUUGAUCCAUUGGUAUACAAAAAAUAUGAAUAUGGACAGAAGAGAAUAAGCAUAGAUGCUACCACUGUAGCAGCUGUAAAUAACUACUUGGUCUGCUACCUGUAACUUAAUAUGCUUAUAUGUUCACAUAAUAAUUUAUACAUUUAUAAACUGGUAACCAUUUAUGUAUCAUUAGCCACACCAGUAUUAACUUUAUGGCAAAAGUAUGUGGCAUCUAAUACUGCUGAAAAAUAGGUUCAAGUGCACAAGAAUUAUUACCUGGUGGUUCAAAACCUUGAGCUAUGUUUGAGAUCCAUUUCUACACUUACCCCCACAUAUGCAGAUAUUAAUUCAAUUCCCAUUAUGCUAAGCAGCUUAUCAACUUCAGCAGAUGACAUGUUAUUUGUGUAGUUUCAAGCAAAAAAAAAAGCAUGUUAACCAUGCUAAACAUGGAAUAUACACACACACGAAUGUUCAGAAAUCUGUUUGGGACAUCCAGGUUUGCUGUAUUACAGCCAUGGGAGCCAUCUCAGCAUGCAAACAAGGACACAGAGGUUGUGUGCUAUUGCUUCUCCAAACAUGCACGGCAUUUUGAUGAGCAACUGUUAACUGCUUUAAUCAAAGUUUGGAAACUCACACUGUAACCCUUAGCCCAUUAACUGGGAACCAAGUUCCACUGCAUAAUAGGAUUUGCUUUUGAGUAUGUUUUAAUAAAUCACAGUGGAAGUUUUCAAGCCAUUUUUAAGUUUUAAAUUCAAAUUUUCAAGCUAAAAUUUAAAAAUGAAAACUUAUUUUUUUUAAAAAAAAACCACAAUAAAGGAAACUGGGCUUUUAGCUGUAAGUCAAUUUCAGCUACCCAGUAACCAUAAAAACUGGAGCAUUCUAUCUCCAUCCUCUCUCACAUAUUCAGAAUUACAGUAUUUAGGGCAGAAGCGGCCUUCUAAAUGUUGCUGAAUGAAAACUCCUGUUAUCCCUAACAAUGGGUUAUACUGGCUGUAGCUAAUGGGAGCGAGACAUUGGCAAAGCAACAAGUUGACCACCCCUCUGAUGUAUGAGGGGAAUGUGCUAUUAUAGUAAACCUGGUUCGAAACACAUUAGAUGUCCCUGUGUAUAAAAAAACUCAAAUGUUAUUAAUUUGUGUGGUAGAAUAAAAGCAAUUCACAAAGUUCCCCAAAUUGGGUAUAAUGAGUCCUUUUACAAGCAUGUAAGUGGCUACAUGGCCUCAAAACUGGUUGCUAAUAUGCUUAGGCACUUGCAGGGAUCAUGUUACGUAAAUAAUCCAGAGGAAAAAGCUGGUGCCUUUCAGCACUCUUGAGUUUCUGUUUUUGCAGUUCUGAAUAAUGAAGACUAGCUACAACAAACAAACCCUGAUCUGAACUUAAAAUUAAUUCACAAAGUGAGGAAAAUAAAAGAAUUUGGAAGCAAUAUAUAUUUUAGAUGCCAGUUAAUUUUUGUUGAAUAAGUUUGUUAAUUAGUACAAAUAAGGCACAAGAGUCUUCACUUACACCCAUUAAAAACACUGUCUAAAUAACAGCAGAGUUUGCUGUAGCGAAUAUUCCAUUUAACUGACAUAUCCAAGGCAGGACUCACUGAAUACACAAUUCAAUUCACACUUCGUGAAUCUUUUUUCUUUUUAAAAUAUUACCUUUAGGCUAGCAGUCAUUAAGACAUAGUAUCAAAUAUUGGUAAAUAUAAAAUCUGAA